GUGGAUGGUGUGUUUGGCUUUUUUUGGCUUUUGGACUUAUGCGUUUUGUCCUUCCCAUAAAAAUUAAAAGCAUACAAAAGAAGAGCAAAAGAAACAGAGGAAGCAAAUCACCUUGUUAUAUUAAGAGGGGAAGAAGCACACUAAACAUUCUCCUCCUCCUCCUCCUCCAUCUCAUUCUUCCUGUGACUGUAGUGCUUGGUUUCAGCCCAUUACAAGGUUAUGGACAGCCAACGCAGCCCUCUUCUUGGCCGGAGUUUUUUCUUCCAAGGAAAGACUGAGGAGGAGCUGCGGCAUUCUCUGUUGUGCACAACUCUUGAGCUAGAAACAACAAGGGUAGCAGCUCAAGAGGAGAUAAGGAAGAGAGAAGAUCAAACAACCCAUCUCAAAGACCUCUUAAGCAGAGCCAUCAGGGAAAGAGACGAAGCCCAAGACAAAUGCCAAACACUACUCAUGGAAAAGCUCUUGCUUCUCCAGCAGCAGCAACAACAACAGCAACAGCAGCUUUACCAACAACCCCAACAAACAACUCCUUUGUCUGGAGUCUCCAGCAUUGAAGAUGAGACCAGAAGAGGUGGAGACUCCAACACCGGAAUAUCCUCAUCAGAUUGCGAAGAAAGCAUCGUAUCAUCUCCGGUGAUGGACCCAAUCCCACUUCCACCAUUGCCCCCAGCAGCAGCAGCAGCUGCUGCAACAACAACAAUAACGACAGUACAACUAGUACCAAAGAAGCCAUUGCCAGAGAAAGGGAAGCUUUUGCAGGCAGUAAUGAAAGCUGGGCCCCUACUUCAGACGCUACUCCUGGCCGGACCUCUCCCUCAGUGGCGAUACCCCCCUCCACCGCUUGAUUCCACAGAUAUCCCGCCGGUGGCCAUCCCUUCACCACCUCCACCAUCCUAUCUCCUGCAUCAGCAGUCCUUUAUCAACGGCAUCAGUGACGACGACUGUGGCAGCAUUGUCAAUAAAAGGAAGAGGGAUCUAAUAGUCUGUGAAGGCUCUGAUUCUUCCACCAAGUAUCAAAGGGUUCUCCAAUGACUUUCCUCUCAUUAUCCUCUACCUUGUCCGUCUGAUUUUGUUGAUAUGAGACAUUUAAUUAGGGUGAAUUGUUUAGUGUGUACAGUAGACAGUAGUUUCUCUUGAGUGUGUCUGUGAGAGAGAGAGAGAGAGAGAGAGAGAAAGAGAUUGUUCUUGGACUUCAAACUUCUUGCUUGUGCUCUGAUGGAGAUUCUUUCUCUCUUUUUUUUUUUCAAAUUGGUAUAUCUUUUUUCUGAUGUGAUAUGGAGGUUUGAAUUCUCCAAAAGUUCAUCUUAAUUAACUUUAAUUGUAUUUAUAGUAUAACAUUCAUAUGAGAAGAGGGUUUCUGCAA